GAACAACAUUCCCUCAGCGCGCUCGGCGACUGCCCCGGACCGCUGCCACGCAACAGACGGCCGCCUGCCGGUUGAUGCAGACUGGCCGCAGCCAUGGCGGAAGGCGCACAGCAAACGCUUGCCAAACCGGUCCCCGUCACUCGCUCCCCUGCUGCCAUGGCCGGCAUGAAGCUGAGCACGCCCGCGCAACCACGCCUGUCCAGCAUCCAGGCCCAGGCCCAGGCACACAGCGCAGGCGUCAUGUCGCCCGUCAGCCAGAACGGCUGCUUCGAGUUCGACCGCAUCAUCAAGGCUGGCUCAGUCCUGAAGCGCACCCGCAAGACCAAGCAAUGGAAGCCGAUCUACAUCGUCCUGCGCCCCAACCGCCUGUCCAUGUACAAGGACGAGGCCGAGACCAAGCUGCGUCACCAGAUCAACCUGUCCGAAAUCACCGCCGUUGCCCGCCAGAAGGACUCGAAGAAGAAGACGGACCACGUCUUCGGCAUCUUCUCGCCCGCACGCAACUACCACCUCGGCGCACCCACCGACAGAGAGGCACAGGCCUGGGUCGAUCUCAUCCGCGCAGAAGCCCGCAUUGACGAGGAGGAAGGCGAGCUGAUCCUGCUCAGUCCCACCGGCACCAAGACCGGCACCAGGACCGGCACCAGGACCGGCACCCAGACCUCCUCCACCACCGCCGUCGACCGAUCGCACCGAGCGCACUCCAACACCCUCUCCUCCUCUUCUGACCCCGAGCCCUCCUCCCUGCCCCCCGGCGCCCUGCCCCCCAGCGCCCUGCCGCGAGACUCGCAGUCGAUAGCCAUGCACAGCGCACGCCGCCCCUCGCAAGCCCUAAACUACUCCGGCAACGAACACGGCUCCGUCUCCGACUUCGACUUCUCCGACUCUGCAGCGCCGAACGCGAGAUCCUCGACCUCCCUCCCCUACUCGAAAUCAGACACCCGCAAUCCGCUCCCACGCAAUCGCAACGUCAGCCAGAUCUCCAGCCUCAACGUCCCUCCCUCCACCUCCGACUCGGACCCCGACCGCGUCGUCUACCACGGAUGGCUGUACGUCCUCAAAUCGAAGGGCGGCGUGCGGCAGUGGAGGAAGGUCUGGGUCGUCCUCCGCCCCAAAUGUCUCGGCUUCUACAAGAACGCCGAGGAGUACUCGGCCAACUUGAUCAUUCCAUUCGCGAGCAUCAUCGAUGCGGUCGACAUCGACAGCGUCAGCAGGAGCAAGCAGUACUGCAUGCAGGUCAUCUCCGAGGAGAAGAAUUUCCGAUUCUGCGCAAAGAGCGAGAACGAGUUGGCCAAGUGGCUGGGUGCGUUCAAGAGCCUGCUCGUAAGGAGGAGGGAGGGCGAAGGGAAGAGGGCUGCACAGGCGCAAGUGCAAACGCCAGCUCUGACGACAACGGCGGCUACGCCCACCGUACCUCAAGCUCCGACCCCUCAGCAGAAGCGGGUCUCGACAGCGGAGCUGAACGUGACGGUGCCGACGAUGCAGCCGAUGGCCAUCAAGUGACCACCGGAGUCGCGCGGUUCACCGACAUCGCCCACAUGUCAGACCGCCAGACUGAAAAGCUCUAUUGGCUUGUACAUAGCAUCUCCUUUGUCACCUCUGGUAUCGCGACCAGCGGCUUCCCUCGCGUCCGUUGUACGACGUACGAAUCACGAUCACUACUCUGGCGCCCCUCGAUGGGCCGCGGCCUCGGUGUAGUGUCUCCUUCUGUUGGAUAGCCCAUUUUCUAUGUUGCUGUAUAGUAGCUGUUUGUACUGUUUGUAGUGUCUUUGUAAUACCGCCCACUGGCAAGCCGGCCUUGGUCUGUUCGCACUGCUGUAGCAAGAAUCUACUUGAAUUCGUGCAAGAA